GCGCGCUGUCUGCAGUCUGUGUGGGACCUUGCAGACAGAAACUAGUCCGAGUCUCUCCGAGUGCUGCAGUGAGAGCAGCUCGUGAACACACCCUGCAGCAUCCUGCAGACCAUCCUCACACACGCGCACACUCAGAGCCCUCUGAUACACACCUGCACUGACAUCAGAGAUAAACGGCUGCAGCAGCACGAUGGCUCAGAACGACAAAGACCCGAUGCCUCCGGUGGGGAACCUCGCCCCGGGACAGCUGCAGAGUCUGCUCAAGAUGGAGCCCAAGACUCUUGGAGCGAUCCAGGUGGUUAUCGGGGGUCUGAUUCUGUGUCUGAGUGCAUCUGUGCUGCAGAUCCAUGAAGUCCACUUCACAGGAGACGUGGCCCUCUUCCUCAUUGUGGUCAUACAGGUGACGUUGUCUGGGUCGGUGUUGAUCCACAGCGGGAGGAGACCGACUCUGUUCUGGGUGAAAUGCGUCCUGAUCCUUCAUCUCAUCAGUGCGGCAUUCGCCACAGCUGCUCUGGGUCUGAUGUCCAAACACCUGCCCUACCGUCAGGACUCGUACCACUGUGAACACUGCCGCAAGCUCGAGCUGCAUGCCGUGCAACAUUGUUUCAGGAAAUGCACCGGGCUGGUCGAGCAAAAGUGUAAACUGUUGAUCGACGGGAUCCUGGGGACGCUGGUGAUCUUCCUGGUCCUGGAGCUGCUCAUCUGCAUCACCGCCAUGCUGUUUGGACUCAGUGUCCUCGCCGCUGGUGGAACAAGGAGUCCAAGCCAGAGACCUGUCUACCCACAGAGUCGCCCCCCACCUGUCCCAGCUGUUGAGGCUGCUCCAGCUGUUUAUGUUGCUCCAGCUGCAGCCGAGCCAUGUCAGCAGGUCGAGGUGGUUGUGACUGAACCAGACUCAGAUCAGGUGGAGGACAUCUCGACUCCACCCACUGAACCUCAGGUGGAGCCCAUAGAAUCCUCAGUCCCCUGAACUCAACACACACACACACACACACACACACACACACCCUGCUCGCUGUGGUGUCAUGUCAUGUCAGAGUAGAUAUGGAGGUCACUUCCCCAUAUUUACACAGCGGCCAUUUUCCUCUGAUAAUCCAGCGUGACACGGUGUCCUGGCCGACCAACAGCUGGUACGACCUACAUAGAACAUACUGGCCAACAAAACACUUAAUGAAGCAUUUAAUUUACCUGCACAAAGAUUUCAGGAAGAUUUUACUGUCCGUCUCCCAUCCAUGCGUCAUGCGUCCAUCUUUAACUUACAGCCUUGUUAAUCACCUCGCCGUACACGUCGUACACUGAGAAAAAUAAACUCCUCACAUGUGGUCUUAAAUUAAUGUUUACUUGCAACCCAGAGUUUUGUGAAAGAUCGCGAACCACUGCUCUACCUUGAUACUCCAGUAUGUGACGUCAGAGGAAAAUGGCCACUACAUGAAUAUGACCAUUUGGAGGAAAAAAAACAUGUCAGCCUCCUGCUUGUCACUGAUUGGCUCGUGGGAAAAUCUCAAGUGACAAUACACCUGCUGAUGGCAGCAGCUCGAGGUCGAAACAAAAAACCAAGAAUGUGUCAAAAUAAAAGUUUCCUUCCUGUUUUUUCCUCACAUGACAUGAACACAGCGACGGACGUAAAGAAAAGUAUAACACGGUUAUGAUACAGAUCAGUGUUACUGAACAUGUUUCAUUUAUUCUUCCACUAUAAAAAAAAAAAACGUGUAGUCAGAGAUAUUACAGCAACAGAGACAGCCACAGGAAAUGACAGAUCCCUGUCACAAUAAGAGUAUGUUGGAUGGAUUCACUUUUACUGUGUGCACAGUUUGUAUUCUGUAGUCUGAAGGCAGAUUUAAUACUGGUGCUGUUUGACCUCUCAGAUGUCUUCUUCCUCUACGGCCUAAAACACACGUGACUGUUGAAACGACUUUCUAUUGUUCUCGUUCGCUUUUAAAACUACGGAAGCCCGGAGCAGACAUUCACCCACACAUUUUAUUUACUGCGUUUUCCCCUGAUAAUGAGCAAAUCCCGUUUUCUAGAGUUCUGUGCAUCAUUUCCCUGUCACUUAAAAAAAACCUAAUUUUCUUAGUAUAAAAGAUUCAAUUAUCGUAUUAGCUCAAGAUAUGAAGGCUGGUUUCCUUUCUAUGAAAAAUCUAAAAAGACAUGCACAUCCCUCAGUGGGUGCUUGAGCCCAAAAACACCUGAACAGGUAAAAAGAAGUAAAGACCCACACGCGCCAAUGAGCUUCCAUUUAGCCAACAUGCUCUUCCUCAGACUUUGGUGUGCGGCUCCUUUAAACCUAUCCAGGUUUUUCUCUACAACAUAACUUAUUCUCAUUAUUGUAUCUAUAUUAUCUCACGGAUGAACCGGGAUGUACAUUUUUAGAUUGUUAGCUUGAUGCUAACACAUAAUGGAAAAUCCCUUUAACUGACUAACAGAAUUAGCAUCGCGGUCGCAGUAAUUUUAACUUCUGAAACGAUCCAUUUACUUAAAAUAAUGAACAAACAUCAUCAUGUGCACUUAUACUUUCAUGUUAUACAUUUAUCAAGACAUAAUAUCAACCUUCAAAUAUUCAAAUAUUUUAAACUUAUUUAGGAAAAAUCGUAUUCAGUGAAGUUUUAUCCGUCUACCUGUGGGGAUUUGCGGUGCCGUAGCGCCCUCUAUUGACCAGGUGUCACUGGCAGACCUACAGACCCUGCAGCCUUUUAAACAAGACGCUUCUAUGAUGGAAGUCAACGUGAUGGUGAUGAUCCUUCAUGUGAUCAGACGAGUGUUUAACACUGUUCUCCUGUUCAUUAUCGUUUGUGUAAACCACGGGAUGGCAUGACGAGCUGUCAGUGAAUGUAUUUUAAUCACAGUGAAUAAAGUUACUGAAGAGAAA